AUGCUCCCCAGGACGGUUUACAGCUGUGGCAGGCAGCAAGUCUACAACUUUGCUUGGGCCGGACCAUAUAGUUGGACUGCCACAUACCGAGCCGCACCGUCAAGAAUUGCUGUACGCACUUUUACUCAAUCAGCCUUACUAAGACGUGACGAACCCGCCAAGAGGUCGAUUCAAGCUGCUAAAGUGGCAGAAAGCCCUCCAAGCCGAUCCGACAGUGCAGAGGUCACAAAGCCAGAGACCCUCCAGAAUGUAGUCACAGCUAAGGCGGGCCCAGACCCGGCCAAGAAGGAUACGACUCUCUUGUCGGAAAAGGUUGUGUCCAACAAGGAACAACGGAGAGUCGACCUCGCCAUCAUGAAGGAAAUGGUAAGAUAUCUGUGGCCGAGAGGCGAUUGGGGCACCAAGGCCCGAGUGGGUACUGCGUUGGGUCUGCUCGUGUCGGCUAAGAUCUUGAACGUCAACGUCCCGUUCUACUUCAAGAACAUUGUCGACUCGAUGAACAUUGAUUUUCUGGCAGUGGGUGGGACGGCUUGGACUGUGGCUGGUUCGAUGAUCGUGGCGUACGGUGUGACGAGGAUCGGGGCCACUCUCUUUCAAGAGCUGAGGAACGCCGUCUUUGCCAGCGUCGCGCAGAAAGCUAUACGAAACGUGGCUCGAAACGUCUUUUCCCACUUGCUCCGCCUGGAUCUCAAUUUCCACUUGUCGAGACAGACUGGAGGAUUGACACGAGCGCUUGAUCGGGGCACUAAGGGCAUCAGCUUCUUGCUGACCUCCAUGCUGUUCCACAUAUUUCCCACCGUGUUGGAGAUAGGAAUGGUGUGUGGGAUUCUCACGUAUCAGUACGGUGCUCAGUUUGCAGCCAUCACCGGAGCGACCAUGGCUGCGUAUUCGGUCUUCACCAUUACCACGACAUCGUGGCGAACAAAGUUCCGAAAGCAAGCCAAUGCCGCGGACAACCAGGGAGCCACGGUGGCAGUCGACACGCUCAUCAACUAUGAAGCGGUCAAGUACUUCAACAAUGAGAAUUUUGAGGUGAAUCGUUAUGACAAAGCGUUGAAGAAAUACGAAGAUGCGUCUAUCAAAGUUACAACGUCGCUAGCCUUCUUGAACACCGGCCAAAACGUCAUCUUCUCCAGUGCCUUGGCUGGGAUGAUGUAUAUGGCUGCGAAUGGGGUCGCAGAAGGUUCACUAACUGUUGGAGAUUUGGUCAUGGUGAACCAGCUUGUCUUUCAAUUGUCGGUGCCUCUCAACUUCUUGGGAUCGGUCUAUCGAGAACUUCGACAGUCACUUUUGGAUAUGGAAACACUGUUCAAUCUGCAAAAGGUCAACGUCACUGUGAAGGAGGUGACAAAUCCCAGGCCGCUGGCCCUGACCCGUGGGGGCGAGAUCAAGUUUGAGAAUGUCAGCUUUGGAUACCACGCUGAUCGACCGAUUCUGAGAAACUUGAGCAUGACGAUUCCGGCAGGCAAGAAAGUGGCCAUCGUCGGACCCAGUGGUUGCGGCAAGUCCACGAUCCUCCGACUCUUGUUCCGCUUCUACGAUGCAGAGUCGGGAAACAUAACGAUCGAUGGCCAAAACAUCCGCGAUGUGAGUCUGGACAGCCUCCGACAAAGCAUUGGCGUCGUCCCGCAAGAUACCCCGUUGUUCAACAACACCAUUGAGCACAAUAUCAGAUAUGGAAAGAUCGACGCCUCGCUGGACGACGUGAAGCGAGCGGCUCAAAGAGCGAGGAUUUUCGAUCUCAUCGAGCGUCUGCCGGCCGGGUGGAAUACCAUGGUGGGUGAACGAGGCAUGAUGAUCUCGGGUGGCGAGAAGCAACGCCUUGCUGUCGCCAGGCUGCUUCUGAAGGAUCCCCCGCUCUUGUUCUUCGACGAGGCCACCUCGGCCCUGGACACGUACACCGAACAGACGCUGCUGCAGAACAUCAACAGCAUUCUCAAAGAGAAGGCGCGCACGAGCGUCUUUGUGGCACAUCGCCUCCGGACAAUCUAUGACAGCGAUAUCAUUUUCGUGCUCAAGGAAGGCCAAGUCGUGGAGCAAGGUACUCAUGCGGAGUUGCUUGCCAUGAACGGCUUGUAUGCGGAUCUGUGGGCCGCGCAAGAGGUCUCGAUCGGUCAGGACAUGACUUUGGAGCGGUCACUUGAAGAGGAACGCGAACAGGACGAAAAGAAAUGA